GUUGUCUUAUGAUUAUUUCAUUGAAAUUACAACUUUAGCACACUCCUUUCUUCUUCCUUCUUCCUUCUUCAAUCUGCAGUUUUUCUUUGUUUGAUUCUUCUUCUUCAAUAGAGUAGAUGAGUUUAAGAUCUUUAUCGAUUCAAGGAGGUUGAUGAAACUAAAAAUGGCGAUUCUGAUGAAGCUAACUCAAAUCCCUCAAAAACCCAUUUCUUCUCAUUCGUUUCUGAUUUAUGCAGCUUCUUAUUGUACUCAUCUUCAUAAAUCCACAACUGAAAUCGAAAGAAUCGCGAAAAUUAUCAACGACCAUCCAUUUCCUGAUCAACCUCUUCACCCCACUCUUCUUCACCUCAUUCCAUCUCCUCUUCCUUCAAACACUUUCCUCAACGACGUCCUUGGCCACCUCUUCGCAGCUCAUUCCAAUGGCCUCAAAGCCUUGGAGUUCUUCAAAUUCUGCCUCCACCAUUCUCAAGCUUCCCCAACUCCUGACGCUUUCGAGAAGACCCUUCACAUUCUCGCCAGAAUGAGGUAUUUCGAUCAAUCAUGGGAGUUAAUGCGUGAGAUUCGACAAACCCACCCUUUUUUGCUUACUCUCAAGUCCAUGAGCAUCUUGCUUUCGAGGAUUGCGAAGUUUCGAUCAUUUGAAGAAACCAUUGAAGCGUUUCAGAGAAUGGAGAAUGAAGUAUUUGUUGGGAGGAAAUUUGGUACUGAGGAAUUUAAUGUACUCCUUCGAGCUUUUUGUACUCAGAGACAAAUGAAAGAGGCGCGAUCAGUGUUCCACAAGAUGUAUUCUCGAUUUCCCCCGAAUAUUAAAACCAUAAAUCUCUUGCUUUUAGGGUUUAAGGAAUCGAGUGAUAUUACUUCUGUUGAGCUUUUCUAUCAUGAGAUGAUUAAGAGAGGUUUUAAGCCAAAUGCUGUGACUUAUAGCAUUAGAAUUGAUGCAUACUGCAAAAAGGGUUGUUUCGUGGAUGGUUUGAGAGUUUUUAAAGAAAUGGAGAGGGCAAAAUUGGAGCCAACAUUGGAAACAAUCACUACUCUUAUCCACGGAGCAGGGAUAGUAAAGGAUAAAACCAAAGCACGCCAGCUGUUUGAUGAAAUUCCUCUGAGAAACUUGUGUCCUGAUAUUGGAGCUUAUAAUGCUUUGAUAAGUUCCUUGAUUAGGUCUGGUGAUGUAAAGUCUGCAGCAGCUCUAAUGGAAGAUAUGGAGGCUAAACACAUUGGACAUGACAGUGUGACCUACCAUAUGAUGUUCUUAGGCUUGAUUCGAUUGGAGGAUGUUGGAGGUUUUCGUGAGUUGUAUAGCAAAAUGGUACGGCAAAAUUUUGUGCCUAAAACACGAACGACAGUGAUGAUAAUGAAGUUUUUCUGUGAAAAUCGUCGAGUUGACUUGGCUUUGGGUUUCUGGGCUUAUUUGGUAGAGAAGGGAUACUGUCCUCAUAGUCAUGUGUUGGAUCUGUUGGUAACAGGAUUAUGUGCCCGUGGAAUGGUCCUUCAAGCAUUUGAAUGCUCUAAACAAAUGUUGGAGAGAGGGAGACAGAUGAGUGAAGCAGCAUUUCUGAUAAUGGAGAGAUCUCUUCUGAAGGCACGUGCAACAGACAAAUAUGGGGAGCUUGAACAGUUGAGGAAGAAGCUUAAAACUGUUUUGCCCCCACCAAAUCAGUUCUUAUCUGAGAUUCCAGCAUCAUAGACAAAUAAAAUACUGUAUCAUUAAAGCAACCAUGGAUCCUUUGAUGUUGCAAGUAGCCAUGCCGUUGAAAUUUCAACGGAACACAAGGAAGCCUCAAUUGCUUUAGAUAGAUGGCCAGAUUACAAACUCAAGACCUCAAGACCGAGUAUGAAAAAUCUACAAGUCAAACACUUCAACUGCACAGUGUAGAAGGUUAUGAUUUACAGAAAUUAUAAACUUAUGGGUAUUAUUCAGAAUGACCGAAUACUUGGGUACUGUACUGAAGCUUUCAUCUCGUGCUCGAUUGCUGCAGUUUCCUUCGCUUAUGGUCUUAAGGACGCAUUAGACAACCACAUUAGUUCACAAGACUAACGAUUUAGAUUGAAAUUAGGUAUAUAUACAAGGGAACCAAAAAAGAGCCUUACAACAAUAUACAAAAAGCAGUUCUAACCGGGAUUACUAAGAAAGAUAGGAUCUAAAAAAGAACUGAACAUCGCCCUGGCCUCAAAAGACCUGCUUGCCACAAGAACAACUCUUUAGUCAUGAAAAUGCAUGCAAUGGGCAUGCAAAGAAGAAGCUCUGCAAUCGUCUCUCUACAACUCUUCAAGCUCAAGUUGAACAUCUCAAAGAAACAAUUUCACACAAACACAUCGCAGAAGUAAAUGAUCGAGGCCUUCCGCAACCAUCUUGCAGAUAGUACAACAAAGUUGUUCAACCAAAAAGGAACCUUAGUUGAAAUUAGAAACAAAGUGCUGACUUUUCCAUGACCUGCCACAUGUAAAACUUACAAACCCCUCUCCCCAAUUUCCAUGUUGAUGUUAAUGAAAAAGAAUCAUCAAAUGAAUGCAUACAACGCAAAUUUUUUUUAUUAAA